AGACGAAGAUCAUCGUGCCUGGAGCGAAUGAUUGGAGUGGCUGAUCAUUCAAGCGUGGAGAAUGGACGUUGAGGGCGACUUGCUUGGAUUGCUGUUUGGCUCGGUACGGCCCAGCCAUCGACGGUCGCUCGUCCUCGAACUUACGAUCCCCCUCGCGCAGCUCGCGGACGAUCUCCCCUUGGACAUCAUCUCGCAAAGUGACACGAGCCCAGUUCCGCACGUCCUUGCGCGGAGCCUCACACCGUACCUCCAGUGGUCUGCGUGUCUGGAGGACCCAGGGAAUGAUCGCCAGCUGCCGUCGCGGCAAGCGUAUCUGAAUCCGAGAGGAAUUAUCAAUCCCUCCUUCUUCCGCGAUCGGGCAGCCGCCGAGGACGAAGCGCUAGCAGCAGAAGAGGAAGCAGAUGAGGAGGAAGAAGAACAGCACGGCAACAGAAAUGAGACAGAAGAAGACGAUGAAGAAGAAACUCCCGAAGAAAGGAGUUACAGCGAACAUAGCGAGGGCGAGCCGAGCGAAGAGGAAGAACCAGACGACGAAGAAGAAGAAGAGGAGUCGGAAUACGAAGGAUUUGAGAAAGAGAGCAAGAUGCAGGAAGAGGGCGAAGGAGAAGAGGGCACGAGGGUGGAGGGGGAGGGGGAAGAGGAGGACGAGGAGGGGGGAAGAGUCAGGCGCGGAAGGCAGACGGACGAGGAGGGGGGAAGAGUCAGGCGCGGAAGGCAGACGGACGAGGAGGGGGGAAGAGUCAGACGCGGAAGGCAGACGGACGAGGCGGGCGGAGAAGAGGAGGGGUGGACGACGAGGAGGAGGAUAAGGAGGGAAGAGGCGGGGGAGGAGAGAGGAGGAGGAAGGAGGAGGAAGGAGGAGGAGGAGGGACAGACAAGGAGAAGGAGGAUAAGGGUCAGGCGCGGAGGGGAAAAAAGGGAGAGAGGAGAAUGGCCAGCCGCGGAGGGGCGGCGGGGUAGGGCGGAAGUGGGGCGACAAGUACCGCGGAGAAGGAGGAGGAGGAGGAGGAGUGUCCGGCUUGAAAGGCGUACGAGGGAGGAGGAGGGAGGCGGAGGGAGGAUUGAAAUGGGUGGACAAAUGGGAACGAGAAGACGACGCAGAAGAGGAGGAGGAUCCGUGACGUGUGCACUCCUUUCGUUUUUUUGUCUCGACUUCCGUGCGGCGACGCCCUAUCUCGUAGGAGGAGGAAAGCGUGGACAGCAUGUCAUAAGCCUGGCAGGUAAAAAUGAAAAGCCCGAUGCUUAUGUUGGACAAGGAGCAAGGAGGAAGGAGGAGAAGAGGGAGGAGGAGGAGGAGGAGGAGAGGGAGGAGGAGGAGGAGGAGAGGGAGGAGGAGAAGGAGGAGGAGGAGGAGGAGGAAGUAGAGAACGUGGAAAGGGAUUUGCUGUUUCAUUCCUCUGGGAUGACUUCGCUUCUUACCAGCGAACAGCGAAACGGUAUGCAGUGGGCGGAGCGAGAGGGGGGAGGGGGGGGAGGAGGAGGAGAGGGAGAGGGAGGAGUAGGAGGAGGAGGAGGAGGAGGAGGAGGAGGAGGAAGAGAGGGAGGAGUAGGAGUAGGAGGAGGAGGAGGAGGAGGAGGAAGUAGAGAACGUGGAAAGGGAUCUGCCGCUUUCGUAUCGCGAUGGUGGAGCGAUUCGAAAUCCCCUGCAUCGAGACGAAAACUGACCUGCCGUGGUCCUACGUGUACCUCGAGUCGAAGCAAUGGUUGUGCAGCGACGGGAUAUUACAUUGCAGCAGUGCAUCGAGCAAUCAACGUGGUCGUGGCCAAUGGGCUGCGAUCUGCAAGUAGCAUCAGAGGCGUUGAUACACAGACGAGGUGUCCAAUUGAGGCUCCAGAAGUGAAUGCAAGAAGAGCAGCGGUCAGUUGUCAGGUAGCCGGGUCGGACGCCCUGUCUGAGUACGGAUGUACUCAGACGGAUUGGCGGCAUGUGCUCCCUGGUUCGAUUGGCGGAUCGUCGACAUCUACUCCCCCCCGGUUUUCUGGGCAAUCUUGUCGCGAUGGAUUGCAGCAUCUGGCCGAAUGGUUCAUGUCCAAGUCGUCUGUCGAUCGCCGAUGCUAUCCGACUUGCAAGGAGGCGGCGUACUCACAUGGCGGCGCAGAGAUCCGUCCACCUCGGCGAUCACCGUUCUGUUUUGCAGUUCAUGACGACCGCGAUCAGCGGCUGCAGCAGUACUCCGUUCGGCGAAGCUUGUUAGAUUGCGACACGUUGUCGGCAGCACCAUCAGUAGGGCCAUUAGCAAGGAGAAACGAAGCCCAUGAGAUUCCGUUGAGGAGCACGAGGAGACAUUACUGGAGUGCAAUUGCCGUCGAAGAUUGGUCGGCGGGCGACGGAAUUAUGACGACCGGUCCGGCAUCCGGGAAGCAAACUUGGGAAGAAGAGAGCAGAGAGCAGUCUGCCCCCCACCAUAGUGGUGGCCUGCCUCCUCUGUAUGAAACACAUGUCCCUCUAUCGAGCUGGAAGAAAGCAAUGGUGGCUGCUGGGUCUCUCGUAGGCGCUCUGGUGAACCCUGCGCGGGCAGAUCUUGUCGCUGCUGCUGCGGAAACCACCGGCAAAUUGGCGUACAGGAAUAUGCUGCGAAGAAUGAAAGAGCAUCCAGACGGUCAGCUUCUUCUGAAAGACCGGCCGAGAGUCACGUCCGCAACGACGUCACAUGCAUGGAACCUACCCUCAAAUACGUUCGGUCACGCUUACGCGCGGUUCAUGGACUCGAGAAAAUUUGUCGCGGACGAUCGGCCGCCGGUCCGAUUUGUCGACGAUGAUGAGCUUGCGUACGUGGCAACGCGAGUCCGCGAGGUGCACGAUUUCUGGCACGUGUUGUUCGGACUUCCUACGAGUGUGCCGGGGGAGAUUGCGCUCAAGGUUGUAGAGUUCGUUCAGACGGGACUUCCAAUGUGUGCACUCGCGCUGUUCGCAUCGAUAACCCGACCCGCAAGCCAGCGCCGAGUUCUGAGGGAGGUUUAUAUUCCAUGGGGUAUCCGAGCCGGACUGCGUUGUGCAGAUUUGACGUGCAUUCCGUACGAGAAACACUUCCACGAGGAUCUGCAAGAAUUACGCGGAAGAUGGCGCAUUCAACCGGCGCCAAUCUUGAGCAAAGCUGCGAUUGGUACUGAGAACAAGAACACGUGACACAACGUUCUUUUUUAUUCCCUCACCUCCUCUCUCUCUCUCUCUCUCUCUUUUUUU